ACUUUAUUUUAUCUGUUAUUCUAUUAUUCUAGGUUUUUUUUUAAUGUAUGUUUUUUUUUAAAUGUUUUGUGUUUUGUAUGCUACUGGACACUUGAAUUUCCCUCAGCAUAAAUAAAGUAUCUAUCUCUAUCUCUCGAUCUCUCUUCUGGCCAACGUGAAAACUGUAAUCCACAGCUGGAUGCAGUGAAUGCAUGCAGCAUCUUAAAGAUUCUGUCCUCAUAGUUGGGUUAGAUACACACACACACACACACACACACACACACACACACACACACACACACACACACACACACACACACACUGACACAUACGCACUGACACAUACCCUUUUUCUGACUGACCUUGCCAUGUCUCGUCCACGAGAAAACUCUGAUAGCCUCCAGCUGAGGGGGGCUUCCUCGCCUGCUCUGCAUGUAUGACAGCGCUGUGUUUGUGUAUGAGAGAUUUUGGUGUGUGCAUGUGUGUGCUGUGUUCAUGCAUGAUUGGUUAUGUCUUCUCUGUGACCUGCGAUGUUUUGCAUAUGAAUGAGUUCAUGCAUGACUGAUGUGUGUGUUUGAACUUUUAUGGGAUGCAUGUACUUAUGUGCUGUGUGUCAUCAGAUCAUACCAGUCUGUUUUUAGGACCAGUGAAGGACUUAAAAUCUGCAGAAUUCAAAUUAUGUCUUCAAAUAACUUACCUUUGUGAACAGUAUUGUGAACAGUAUUGUGAACAAUUAUUUUUCAAUUGUUUAGCACACAAUCUAUAAUAAGUAAGUCAGGUACUGACCUGAUCAGGAACGUCCCGCUCUACCUCCUCAGCCACAGCUAGACAUUUCCAAUAUGCAUGAACAAUGCAAGGUUAGCUAGGUAGCUAGUUAGCAACUGAGACAUCUGCAAACAUGUAGCAGUUGUAUUAUGCUUAUUGUAAAGAAAAAGACAUUGAGGUCUCAUAAUCAAGUGUUUUAAUGUGUUAUAAAUAAUUCAAGUGCUUCCCUGACAAAUGUAUAUCUGGAGGGUCAUGUCACCCUCACACUUCACCCUACCCCUCUAUCACGACAAGAAUCAGAACACUAGAAGUGAACUAAGUUGUAGGGACAAGGGGUGUGUUGUGAUUGGGCUUUGAUUUCAAAUACUUAAUCAUCAUCACUUUAAAUAAGUUUGCUUUUGAAUUUGUGGCAUGACAUUAGUUUAUCAGAGAUGAUGAAUGAUGUCUUGUUUAAAUUGGUAAGGAAUAGUUUAUCAACCCCUGCCCAUCCAAAGUUUUUUCUUUCUCAUAUAUUCAUUUAUUGGUGUAAGGUAAUGCUGCUGUAAAGAGUAAGUCAAUACACCUGUAGCUGGGCUCUGAGGAAGCUAAUGCCAGUCAGUUAGAUCAGCUGUCCACAACCUUUCCUGCACCACAGACCAGUUUCAUGUAAGACAUUAUUUAACGUAAAAGUAAAAGUAAAAUACGAUCAUACAACGAAUUAUUGCCACCCAAAGUAUCUUCCUUAUGUCCAGACUACCCCGUAACUUACUAAGGUAACAUACUUUAAGGCCACCAUCAUUUGCUGUCUCCAGCAGUUGUCCACUCGCCGUCCCCAUAGCUCCAGUUCAGCCAUUGUUUCAGCCAACUUGAAGACAUUGGUCAGUCUCCCCACAUGUAGCUUCCUUUUUCUCAGCAAUCGUAAGCUCUUCUUCUGUCUCAACAUUGGGACUUCUCCUUUUUCCUUUACAAAGUAGCUCUCUGAAGACCUUUUUUUUGGGUAUAACAUGACUGAAACAGGAAUGUAGCAAGCACGCCAAUAGGAACAGACGGACAACAUUCAGAGCGUGAUCGUCAAUACAAUGGAAAUAAAAUGACUUAUUUAUUAUUUCUCUGAGGCCCGGUAUCAAGCUACCCACAGGCCGGUACAGGUCCGCACUGAGUUUGAUGAUUAGUUGGUUGGUUCACCACUUUAGUCUAAAGUGAAUUGUCUAAUCAAAUGUUCGAUGGAAUGCCAUAAAUUGGGAUGUAGCUUCUUAUGCUGUUUUUCCACUAGCAGUUUUGGCUGCACCGAGUCAAAUCGAGCCACCUGUUACAAGACACACCUUCAAGCAGAUAGCCUAGUUGUGGUGGAAGAGCAAAACCCUGGGAUGACGUGCUACUCUGCUGCCUUGCUAGGUCUAACCGAGUAGAGCCCGGCCAGCAGAUGUAAAGAUGACAGUAUGCUAAGAAGGUUGUGUUGUAGCUUGUGUCAGUAUGUUUGUUAAGUGGUUGGUUGGUCUGUUAGCAGGAUUACACAAAAACUACUGAACUGAUUUCCAUGGAACUUGGGUGGAGGAUGAGUCUCAGCUCAGAAUAGUCCCCAUGAAAUUUUGGCAUUGACACUGACAUUGACAUUUUUUGACAUAUUGGUAUAUUUUUCAGUGAGUAGCGUAUGGAUCUUAAUGAAAAAAAUUCAAAGAGUAAAAAAAAUAAAAAUAAAUCCAGUUCAAGCAGAUUUAAAUAUGUUUAAUUUGAUACUGGAUUACACUUGAUGAAAUGAAAUGGGACUCUUGGUCCUUGGCAGAAGUAUGCACCCUACUUUCUAAUUAAAUGUAUUAUUUUUUUAUUCAAGUAGCAUGCACAGUUUUUCAGUCAUAUCUACACUGUCAGCAUUUCCUGCAUGUUUUUGUGUGGUUACAGCAGAGAGAUAGGUAUGUAGGAAACUAAUGUCAUCAAUCCUGCCUUCACAGUGCUCUGAUUGGUUGAUUGAUUCACAAAAAAAGGAAAAUAUGGAAUGAAUCAUUCUUGUGGUUGUAUGUUUUUUUCAAGAUUGCUGCUGGCAAUAUUAGUCAUGGUUUUGUUUAAUUUGCCAUAAAAACAUCCUGGUGAAGUCUGCAAAUAACUGUAUUUUUUCUUAAGUCAAACAAAAAUGCCUCUGUGGUGUCUGUCAUGGCAGUGGAUGUUUGCAGUAACUGUCUUGCGUGUGUGUGGAACAUUUGUGCAUAAAUUGUAUUGUGUGUGUGUUUGACAGCAGUGGAGCAUGUGUGCCUGAGGCUCAUUAAUAAUGUAUGAGGUGGGAGGGGUGAAGAAGAGGGGGCGGUGACAGAUGGAGAAUCAGUGUGCGUGAGAGAGGGAGAGAGUGUAUGGACAGAGAAACGGCGAGAGCAAAGAGGAAGAGAAAGGGACAGAGAGAGUGAAGAAGUCGAAAAUGGUGAAUGAAAGAGAGGGAUUAAUUGUAGUGUUUUUGUAGCGUUUCCGUUAUUGCUGUCUGUGCUGGUUAAGACUGACCAGACACUCAGGCUUUGUGUUUGCUGUUUUCUGUCUGGUUUCCUGGAUGCUGAGGGAUUGAUGGGGAUGGACAUACAACACAGUCACCCGGCACUACUGUUCACCUGGACGCAAGAGCUGCACUGACAGAGGUCUGCUAAGUGGUCACGACAGAGUGGGUGGACAGACAGAACAUAAGUGUCCACACCAGUGAACGUCCUUGGUGCCGUGGUCAGGAGAACCAUCUAACCAAUCAGGAAGUGUCCGGGGAAAGGCUGUCCAUUGGUGGGGGAGAGAUGAUGGGGCAGGGUGCGCAUGCGGCCCUGGCUCUCGUGUUACUACUGCUGCUGCUGUGGCGCCAAGCAGCACCCAUUGAAGUCCCACAAGACCCAAAGAUCCUGCAAGACCUAAAGCAGCCCCCAACUAUAGUCAAACAGUCAGUGAAGGACUACAUUGUUGACCCAAGAGAUAAUAUCAUCAUCGAGUGUGAGGCCAAGGGCAACCCAGUGCCAACGUUCUCAUGGCGAAGGAAUGGGAAGUUUUUCAACAUUGGGAAAGAUCCCAGGGUGACGAUGAGAAAACGCUCUGGAACUCUAGAGAUUGGUUUUCGUAGCGGUGGACGACCAGAGGACUACGAAGGAGAGUACCAGUGUUUUGCCAGCAACGAAUUUGGAGUGGCUUUGUCCAACAAAAUCCUGCUCCGGGUCUCCAAGGCUCCUCUGUGGCCUAAAGAGGUGCUGGAGCCCGUGGUGGUGACUGAAGGCUCCCCGCUGGUUCUGCUCUGCAACCCCCCACCAGGCCUGCCUCCUCCGUUCACCUUCUGGAUGAACAACGCUAUGACCCCGAUACCUCAGGAUAAGAGAGUGUCCAUGGGUUUAAAUGGAGACCUGUACUUCUCCAACGUUUUGGCCAAAGAUGCUCACACUGACUACAGCUGCAACGCUCGUUUCCUCUUCACACACACCAUCCAGCAGAAGAACCCGUUCACACUCAAAGUUCAGCCCAAGGAGCUGUAUAAUGACACAUCUUACAAUGCCACUGACCCCUAUGGUGGCCGUAGAGUAGCAGAGUCUACGCCGACCUUCCUUUCACCUUCAGGGAGCGAGAGUUCCAAAAUGGUGCUACGAGAUGAGCAGCUGCUGCUGGAGUGUAUUGCUGCUGGACUUCCAACACCCACCAUCAAGUGGUUUAAGAAGGGUGGAGACCUGCCAGGACGGAAAGUGAAGUUUGAGAACUUCAACAAGACCCUGAAGAUUGUCAAUGUGUCAGAGGAGGAUGCUGGGGAGUAUGUAUGCAUGGCCAAUAAUCAAUUAGGCAGCAUUCGUCACUCCAUCUUUGUUCAGGUUAAAGCGGCUCCUUAUUGGCUGGACAAACCAACAAACCUGGUGCUAGCCCCGGAUGAGAAUGGGCGUCUGGUGUGUCGGGCCAAUGGCAACCCUAAACCAAACAUCCAGUGGCUGAUCAAUGGCCAACCUGUAGACAGCUCUCCCCCCAACCUGAGCAGACAGGUGCUGGGUGACACCAUCAUCUUUCGUUCUGUGCAGAUGGGAAGCAGUGCUGUCUACCAGUGUAAUGCUUCCAACCAACAUGGUUAUCUGCUGGCCAACGCCUUUGUCAGUGUUCUAGACAUGCCUCCAAGGAUGUUAGGCCCCAAAAACCAGCUAAUUAAAGUAAUUGAGAACAACCGCACAUUCCUGGACUGUCCCUUCUUUGGUUCCCCUCUGCCAGAGCUACGCUGGUUUAAGAAUGGACAGGGCAGUGGGCUGGAUGGCGGUCAGUACCGCGUUUACAUCAACGGGACCCUAGAGAUCAAACGGGCCAGAUCAGAAGACGAGGGCACCUACACCUGUGUGGCCAACAGCAUCCUGGGCACAGCUGAGAACCAAGUCCGCCUGGAGGUCAAAGAACAAACUCGUAUAGUCCGAGCCCCGGAGCGCCAGUCAGCCAUCAGGGGCUCCACAGCUCACUUUGACUGUAAGGUGAAGUCUGAUCCUAGCCUUUCUGUCACUGUGACCUGGACUAAGGACGACAAGCCUCUCCAGCUGGGAUGGAGGCUGAGGAAAGAUGACGAGUCGCUGACUAUCCCAAAUGUGAAUGAAGGCGAUGAGGGAAUGUACACCUGCACUGUUAAAUCUGACAUAGACCAGGACAUGGCCUCAGCCCGCCUCACUGUGUUAGAGGAAGCCUCCCUCAACCCCUCAGUCUCUAGUGCCUUGCCUCCAGACCGUCCUGAGCCCCCCAUGGAUCUGGAUCUAUCAGACCCAGCCGCCCGCAGUGUUCGACUCACCUGGAUCCCAGGAAAUGACAACAGAAGCCCAAUCACACAGUUCCUGGUCCAGUUUGAGGAGGACCACUGGGAGCCAGGCAGGUGGCAGAACCUAUCCACCUACCCUGGAGAUCUCAAUUCAGUCAUCCUGCAGCUGGCCCCCUUUGUCAAUUACCAGUUCAGGGUGAUUGCCAUCAACUCAGUGGGUCAGAGUCAGCCCAGCCGCCCCUCACCACGAUAUAAGACCAGCGGAGCUGCCCCAGAUGCCAUUCCCAGAGGUCUUCGUGGAUGGGGCUCCAAGAAGGACAAUAUGGAGAUCACUUGGGAGCCUCUGCUUGACCUUGAGAGAAAUGGCCCAAACCUGCACUACAACGUGUGGUGGAGACUGAAGGAUUCGGGGGAUGAGUGGAGUAAUGUGACCACGAUUGGGUCCAAACAUGUCAUCCACAACACAGAAACCUAUGUGCCUUAUGAGAUCAAAAUCCAGGCUAGGAAUGAGUUUGGAGCAGGACCUGAGUCCAAUGUGGUCAUUGGGUACUCUGGAGAAGACAAGCCCACCGAUGCUCCCACUGCCCUGCGGGUUUCAAAGGUCGAGAGCACCACGGCGAACAUCCACUGGAAGCCUGUGGCUCUGAACUCAGUACAGGGAGAGUUCAAGGAGUACAGACUGUACUACUGGCGUGAGUCGAGUCUGGUUGCAGGUCUGGUAGUCAGUAAGGAGAAGAAGACCAAAGGUUUCUUCAGCACUGUGGCUGAGCCGUCAGGGAUCCUCAGCGACCUGGUGCCCUACUCUAAAUACAAGAUGUUCAUGGUUGUGGCCAACAGCCGCUUUGAGAGUCCACUGAGCAACACGGUGGAAUUCACCACCAAGGAGGGAGUGCCAGAUGCUCCAAAGUUUUUCAGGAUAAACCGUAGAGGUUUUGACACCCUCCAACUUGAAUGGGGCAAACCUCUCGAGCCCAAUGGCAUUCUGGUUGGAUACCUGUUAAAAUACCAAACAGUCAACGGCACCAGGUUGGGUCAUCCCCAGUUCAAGAAUUUACUUCCUAAUGAGACAGAGUUCACCCUCCGCCUGCCCGACCGAUCUGUCCGCUACAAGUUCUUCCUGUCAGCGCGUACCCAGGAGGGAGCAGGGGAGGUCUUUGCUGACGAGUCCCCACACUUCGCUAAUGAAGAAAACUUUACUGAUGCUACAGGUCUAGUUGAGCUUACCGACGCCUCUGUGGCUUCAGCUUUCACUCCUACUCCUACUCCUCUUGCUCCUCUCCCUCCUACUACCAUCACUCCUACAACCAUUCGUACUUCAGCCCCUACCACUCCAGCAACUACUCCUUCUACUACUACUACUGCUACUACUACUACUACUACUACUACUCCUUCUACUACCACCACCACAACAACUGAGGCGACUACUACCACCACACCUCCUGUGCUGGUCACCACCAAGCGUACUGAUCAGAACGUGUUGGUGGCCCCUGGGCGGGAGAUCUGGAAUCUGACGGUGGUGCCUAACAGUAACUACGCUAACGUCAGCUGGAGACACAACUUCCCGGCCGGCAGCAGCGAGUUUGUGCUAGAGUACACACUGGAAAGCAACAAGACGGUGAAAGUUGUAGCAGUGAAACAACAGCCCCCCAUUACAGUGGCGGAUCUGAUCGCAGGUGCCACAUACAGUCUGAGGGUUUACUCCCAUGAGCUCAACAGCGUCAGCAGCGAAUCUGUCAGCUUUAAGACCAAACCAGCCUACAUCGACCAGGUAGACAUAGCCACUCAGGGCUGGUUCAUUGGCUUGAUGUGUGCCAUUGCACUUAUCAUACUGAUCCUUCUCAUCGUCUGCUUCAUCAAGAGGAGUCGUGGGGGCAAAUACCCAGGUGGUGGUUGCGUGACUGGUUUCACAAAGUAUUUAGUCCGUGACAAAAAAGAUCUCCCCUUGGACCCGGUAGAUCAGAAAGACCAGGAUGGAUCCUUUGAUUACCACAGCGAUGAGGACAACAAGCCUCUGCAGGGCAGCCAGACGUCACUGGACGGCAAUGUGAAGGAAAGUGACGACAGUUUGGUUGACUACGGUGAAGGCGGUGAUGGCCAGUUCAACGAGGAUGGCUCUUUCAUCGGCCAGUACACAGUUAAGAAGGAUAAGGACGAGACGGAGGGAAACGAGAGCUCCGAGGCCACCUCACCUGUUAACGCCAUCUACUCGCUGGCGUAGCGCUGUAGCAGCACAUGGGGAACUCAGUGGCACCCUCUGAUCUGAGGGCGUUACAACAAACACCAUACAACAUACACCAGACACCAACACACACACACACACACACACACACACACACACACGUAUAUUAAUAUAUGAAACACAAUAAACACAAAGCAAACACAGCAGGGCCUGUCUGGAGACUGUGUAGGCUUUCCUCUACAAAUAAGUAACAGGGGAAUACGGGAGUGGAAUUAGACCACAAGCCUUUAUUUUGUGUUUCCAGCUCUGAGAAAUUGGCCCCUUGGACAUGACGUUUGGACAAAGAGGACAGUGCUUGUAUCCCUCUGCGCUCUGCCUGCCUGUUACCCACACAGACUUGAAGUGGGCCUGCGGGGCAACUUUCAGCACUUGGAGGCAUCAACAAGCGUUCUUUAGAGAUUUUUCUUUGAUUUAUUUUGCUCCGAAUAUUUUCAGUGUCCAUGCUCUCUUCCUGAUAUGCCCGUCUUACCUCUGUGUAGCAUACCAGUAAAGUACACACAAGAGGUUCCUUACACACACACUGGCCCCAUCCUGUAACAUAUCAGCUAUUAACCAUCAAACUUAACAGGAUGCUGGCAGAUAUGUUUAUCAUAUUGAUAUUUACGCAGUGAAAGAUUUUAGUUUUUCCACAGCUGGUAGACGAGUCAUUGAAUAUUAAUGAGUGCUGUAUACAGUCAUGGCACACAUUUUAGUGCCCUGCAAAACUAUGCACUAUCGCUUCCUCCAUACCAUUUUUGGGUUGAAUCUGGUUAGUAAAAGUACACAUUUUGCGUUCUUUUUUUUACCACUUGCAGGCUAAAAAAAUCGCGUGCUUUUAUUCACUUUGCCUUGUAUGAUGUGGUAGACAUGUUUUUCUUACCUCUAAUCCAAUGUUGUAGAGCAGAUGUUCAAAACGGCUGCCACAAGAGAAGCUAAUUCUGCCACAAGCAGUAAGCUCUGCAACAGUAUGUUGUUAAUGAAUCCCAUUUUUGAAAAGAUGAUAAAUAUUAUUUACCUAAGCACGGUAGUAACAUAGUGCAAGAGAAAUGGGAAGGUAACAGAGGGGAAAAUUAGUUUUGCUUGAGAACACGAGUAGCUCACAAACUAGUAAAUUCCCCUAGUUAGCAUGCAGGCUAACGCUGCAUUCAUGUCAAAUGGGAACAGCUGUUGGAUGAAUUCAAAUCUUAAGUUGUAAUUCUUUGUAGCUGUGAAGCUUCCAUGAUACUGUUUCUCAGUUCACUUUUCUUUCUUAUUUGUUACACAUAUACAAGUAUAUUUCACAACAAACUAAACAUUGCAACAUCAAUCUACAAUGGUGAUCAGAUAAUGACUUAUGAUGGGAAACAUAAAAUAAAAUAUAAAAAUAAUAUAUUCUCUUUAUGUCUACAACUUCCCAUCAUGCAUUUUCUUAGUUGUAAUACCACAUGGGGAAGUUUGCGGUCCCAGCCUCAAUAUUCCCAACUAGAAUGACAUGCAGUAGAGCGCAUACCUCCGCCAAGGCCCACCAGUCUUUAUUUCAAUAUCAAAUAAAACAUAUUUAAAUCUGCUAGAACUGGAUGUGUAUUUUGAUCCACAUCAAAUUAUACUCACUCAAAGAUAUCAGUCACCUAAAAAAUUUUUGUGAGAAAAAAAUCCUUCUGUUCCUUUAUCUGGAUCACCACCAAAAAUUGAUGAGGUCUAUUCUUGGCCGAGACAAAUCCUCCAUCCAAGUGUCUUGAAAAUCAUGAAAAGGAAUUGGAGUCAGAAAGCCUCAGACCAGGCACAAACUUGAGUUUUAACUUGAGCUGAAACAUUUUCAGCGUACAUGGACACUUGUUCACUUCAGUUCAUUUCAAUUAUUUUUUUGUCCUCUCAUGUCUUUGCAUUGACUUUAUAUACAACAUAGCUUCUAAAAUACUCCUUGUUUAGUCUGAACCCACCCUGAGAGAGGGAUCUUCACCUAUUUCCCCAUCUACUUUUUCUAAACUCAAUUUAUUAAUCAAACUGAAGAAAAACAGACAGUACUAGGGCUGCGUAGAAUACUUGAAUUAAAUGACACGAUUACAGCAUGAAAAUAUUUACAUUCAAUUCACAGCAACCUUUGAAAUGAAAUGCAUCAGCUUACUUUUUAGUUUUCGCAGAGUACAAAAGAAAAUUGCGCAACAGAAGUUGUUCAGCCAGUUUAGUACUGACGCUCAUUAUCUCACUGGUCCUAUAACCACGUUUAUCAAGCUGUUAGCAGACACUGACACUCAAUGAUUUACUUUGUCUUCUUUAUGUUGUACUAAAGUUCACUGAGUCCUCAUUGGUCUCAUCACAUCAUUUCAUACUAUAGUUACCUGCUACUCAACAGCACUAUUAAACCCAAAAUCAAAUAGAUCCUCACUGCAGUUAGGCACUGGAGUUAACAUUGUAUUUCAAAUAUUUAUUUUAUAUUUCUAUUUAUUACAUUUUAUGUGGAUAGUAUUAAUAUAUUAGUCCCUAAUUUAUUAAUUGUUAUGUACACAUUUCUGAUCAGCUUAUUUUGUUGUCUCACACCAGUAAUAGCCAGAUUAAAAAUGUCUCCUGAAUCAGUUAUUGUUCAUCAUGAGAGGCAUUGCACACAACAGUAUGUUCAAGACAUUUUUGUAACAGCUGGCUUUUCCGCUGUCAACAAGACAACACAAACAUCUGUCAUCCUAUACGAAGAAGGUCAUCUUUAUCAGUCUAUUGUGCUGCUCUUCUCGUACCCAUGUUGUAUUACUGUUACUCUGUGUUGUUAUUCAGAUUUAUGUAACAUGUUUCCACCACACAGAAACUUAAUAUUGUUGCUUAUUAUUUCUUUGACAUAUAUUCUGUACAUGUAGGUCCUGAAACAAAUCUCUUAUCUUUGUAAAUAUUUAAAAGUGGAUUUCCCCAGAAAAAUGCUUUAUCCGAAAAGGAAACGAAAAGUCACAAAUCUGUAUCCACCAAGCUAAUGCGACGGGUGCAUCUUUAGCCUGUCAUGCACCUUUGCUAUGCAGCUUUGACUAACAUUUGCACUCUAAAUAAGUUACAAGAAUCAUCCUUCACUCUAUGUUGCCCUUUGCUUUGACAUUGUGAAAUCUGGUACUGACUGUGGCAACACUAUCAGUCACAUGUUUAAUGAUGGUUUGGAUUCUAUAUUGAGAAAGAGGAAUAUGAUUGAUUAUUAAUUAUGUAAAUAAGAUGUAAGUGCUCUUGCAAUA